AUGGAGCGCUACGCAGGUCGCGUCGCCCUGGUGACGGGCGCCAACUCCGGCAUCGGCGCCGCCACCGCACGGGCGCUGCUCGAGAAGGGGCUCAAGGUCGUCGGCCUCGACAAAAGGAUCGACAUGAUGAAGGACAUAGCUCGAGAACUGAAGGAUGCUCCCGGUGCACUGUAUCCAUUGCAAUGUGACGUCAGCAGCGAGGAGAGUAUUCUGUGCGCCUUGAAAUGGAUCAAAGAAAAUUUAGGAGGAAUCGAUGUUCUUAUCAACAGCGCUGGUCUUUGCGGAGAUAGCUCUCUGACAGCUGGACAGACAGCCGAGUGGAAGCGCAUACUGGACGUCAACGUGCUGGGGCUGUCUAUCUGCACCAGGGAGGCCGUCCAGAGCAUGCUGGACAGGGGAAUCGACGACGGUUUCAUCAUCCACAUAUGCAGUAUAUCUGGCCACAUUAUACCAUCUGAUCCAAAUUACUCGAUGUAUCAUGCCAGCAAGCAUGCUGUCAAGACUCUGCUUGAAGGACUGAGAAAGGACCUGGUUGCUAGGAACAGCAAGAUACGAUGUGGGGAAAUAUCUCCAGGACUUGUGAAAACGCCAUUAUUCAAUACCUUAAAAAAGUAUUCGGCUGAAGGAAGUGAAAAUAUGCGUAUGCCUAUGAUGGAACCUGAGGAUAUAGCAAAUGCAAUUAUCUAUAUGUUAUCGCAACCUCCACAUGUUCAAGUCUACGAUAUUAUCCUUCGUCCAACAGGAGAUUUAUUUCGCUGA